GGGAUAUAGCAUAAAUCCAUAUUUGUGAUAGCACAACUGUAUUCCGCAUACAGCUCCAUUUUCUGAAUAUUCUCAGUUCUAUCUGAUUCAAGUGAAGUCGAUUUUCCAUUGCUAGAGACAAUUCCAUUUGCUUCAUCUCUACUUCUAGAUCCAGGGUUUCAGAUUUUUAGGAAAAAAACAUGGCUUUGGGCAAAGCUAUCCAGACAUUGAGAGAGGACAUCACCUGCUCCAUCUGCCUGGAGCUGAUGACCAACCCUGUGAGUAUAGAUUGUGGACACAGCUAUUGCCGUUCUUGCAUCAUGAGAUAUUUUAAGAAACAAGCACUUUGGUCAACAUGUACAUGGAAAACCAACUGCCCCGUAUGUAGGGCAGAGUUUCAACAGGAUAGCAUCCGACCUAUAAAGCAGCUAGGAAAUCUUAUCAACACCGUCAAGAAGAUGGAGCAGGAAUGUUUGUGUGAGGAGCACGGAGAGCAGCUCCACCUCUUCUGUGAGGAUGAAGAGCAACUCAUCUGCUGGCGCUGUGAGCGGACACCACAACACAAAGGACAUGUCACUGUUCUUGUAGAAGAUGCAUGUAAAGUCUACAAAGAUAAAUUCCAGGAGGUUUUAAUAGAGCUGAGAAAACUCGAAGACAAGAAUAAACAAUGGCAGAUGAACACUGAAGAGAAAAAACAAAUGUGUCAGACUGAAAUAAUACAUAAAAGAAAUCAGAUCGAGUCUUACUUUAAAGAGUUUUUUGUGAUCCUACAAGAAGAGGUGGGGUCUUGUCUAUGGCGACUGAUGAAUGCAAGAAUGGAUGUUCUGCAGAGACUGCAGGACAGUGAAGCCAAGCUGGAAAAGCAGGGCCAGGAAAUCAGUAGCCACAUCCUGGAACUCGAGAGAAAAUGUCAAGGCUCAGCCCAGGAUGUAUUGCAGGAUGUGAGAGGCAACUGGAAUAGGUUUUCUGCUCUAAAGCUACAUGAACCAGAGGAUACCUUAUUGGAUACUCACAUCAUGCAAAAUGUUUCUGUGCGCUGCUUUAAAUUGAAGGAAUUUUUUGAUGCCUAUGGAGUUACCAUUACUCUGGAUUCAGAUACAGCUCACAACGACCUACGUAUAGCUAGGAAUAAACAGAAAGUGGCUUGGGGAUCGCAGCAAAAGAAGCCUGACACUCCUGUGAGGUUUAGAGACUUACCUUGUAUCCUGGGCUGUCAGAUCUUCACCUCAGGAAACCAAUUUUUUCAAGUGUCCCAAUUAAAAGGACCUGAGUGGGAUGUAGGAGUUUGUCUGGAAAAUGUGCCAAGAGACAAUGACAUACGAGAGCCUGCGUCUGGUUUCUGGGCCAUUAGAUGUUGCAAAGAGAGUCGCUAUGAAGCCCUUACAUCACCCCCAACUCCCCUUCAGCUUGAGAAGAAUAUUGAAUCAAUGAAGGUUUUCUUGGACUAUGAGAAUGGAUGUGUAUCAUUUUAUGACACUUCUACUCACUCCCACAUCUUUGCCUUCCAAAAUGCCUCCUUCUCUGGGCCUCUGAGAGCUUAUUUCCGUAUUGGUAAAUAUUCUUCCUUGUCCCUGAAUUGA